GGACUCCAGUUACCAAAGCCACCAGCACCCCCUGCUGUGGAAGCAGAGUAUUACACCAUAGCAGAUUUCCAGUCCUCCAUCUCUGAUGGCAUCAGUUUCCGUGGAGGACAAAAGGCUGAUGUGAUAGAGAAGAACCCCGGGGGCUGGUGGUAUGUGCAGAUCGGAGAGAAAGAGGGCUGGGCCCCCUGCUCCUACAUUGACAAGCGCAAGAAGCCCAACCUCAGUCGUCGGACCAGCACCCUGACCCGGCCCAAAGUCCCACCCCCAGCUCCGCCUGUCAAGAAGCUAGAACCGGAGGAGGCACCCCCUCCUGCUAGCUCUGCUGCAAAAGUCUCAGAGCCGGUGAGCAGGCCCGUGUAUGAGGAGCCUGAAUAUGAUAUUCCUGCAGUCGGAUGUGAAGGUGAAUCGGACACCGAUUCCCUUAAGGAUGAACGUGCCCUGGAUGUGAAGAUCAGCAGCGUGGUGAGCGACAAGUACCGCAGCUCCCCUCCUUCCUGCAAGGCCUCCCCUCCAGUCUGCAAGGCGUCCCCUGUGUUCACUCGUCGGAGAACUUCCUUCAGGUCUGUGGAGGAGGUCUCCAAAGAGGAGUGUAUCUAUGAGAAUGACUUCAGGCCAAGCAGUGGUGCUGAGAGGUCUUCAGUCAAAGGUUCCAGUGAGCCGAGUUCCCCAAGGAGCUAUCGUUCCUCCACAGUCCCUCGCAAACUCUCCGGAUCCUCGCCUUUAGCAGGUAGACCCAUGAAGACUAUGACGCCAGAGAUGACACGGAGAAGCCAGACCCUGGGCAGACACAUAGAUAUAUGCCUGAGCUCUCAGGACAACAGCCCCCACUCUUCAUCAGAUGAAUUGACCAGAGGUUCCAAGAAAGGUGCUCCAUUUAGCCGGGAUGUGGAGCAGAGAAUAGGUCAGAGCCCCUCCACCCGGCCUAAGCCUUCUGUCAGACCUAAACCUCUCCUGACCAAAUCUGAGCCCCAGAGUCCUGAGAGGAUGGACAUCAGCUCACUGAGGCGGCAGCUGAGGCCUACCAGUCAGUAUCGGCCUCAUGGCCUCAAACCUACUCGCGAUGAAUCUGAAACAGGCUCUGUCAUAUCAUCCGAGGACUCCAUGUGUUCGCGCAGCACCUCAGAUCUCUCUUCAGUAUACUCCAAAGGGAGCCGCGGUGACUCGGACGUGGAAGGCCCCACUCUCUACCGCUCCCUGGAUGUCUAUAAGAAGGUCCAGGACUCUGAGAUCAGCUUUCCAGCCGGGGUGGAGGUUGAGGUUCUGGAGAAGCAGGAGAGCGGUUGGUGGUACAUCCGUUGGGUAUCCGAAGAGGGUUGGGCUCCCUCAUACUACCUGGAGCCUGUCAGACAAGUGGGUGAUGUGGGUGGGUUCGAACUAGAAGGACACAGGAGUGGCAGGAGUAAGUCCAACAGCCUGGAGAAGAACGAGCAGCACGUUCUGGCCCUCAACAACAUCAACAUUCAGGGUCUGAGCCAGCAUCAGCAGCAUCAAGGCUUGAGAAGGAACACUCCGCCAAUCCCCUCCAAGCCUCCCGGCGGCUUCUCGAAGCCUUCAGCCGUAGUUAAUGGUGGCGUUCGGAUGAGGAACGGGGUACGCCAGGUGGUAGUGAGGCCUCAGUCUGUAUUUGUGACCACAUCACAGCCAUCAAAGGAUGGACACUACAUGACGGGUUCUCUGAGGCGAAACGACACGCUCCACAGAAGCGAUCACUACGGUUCCGGUUCCGCCACCCUUGGCGUCCGGCGAAAUGCCUCGUUCAGCACCGUGCGGCCACAUGUCGUUGUGGAAAGUCAGACGAGGCCCGCAGAGCGCUCCAGCCUGGGAUCCUCGGGUAACGCGUUCAGCACAAGUAACGUCAACCAACGCAACGGCAUCCCUGUGUCCACCGUGCGACCCAAGCCCAUCGAGAAGAGCCAGCUUAUCCACAACAACCUGGGCAGGGAUGUGUACGUGUCCAUCGCCGACUACCGGGGCGAUGAGGAGACAAUGGGCUUCACGGAGGGCACCUGUCUGGAGGUGCUGGAAAGAAACCCCAAUGGAUGGUGGUACUGCCAGGUUCAGGACAGCCUGCUUCCACGCAAGGGUUGGGUCCCGUCCAACUAUCUAGAGCGAAAAAAAUAAACCCCACAUCCGUCCCCUACCCUUUCCUCUAUCUUUCCCCUUUUUGAUGACUCCAAGGACGUUGGUGGCUCCUUAAGAAUGUUACCCGCAAUCACCCGUAAGCAAUAUGUCCUUGAACAAUGUACAUUUAUGACAGCUUGUAAAAAAGGAAAGACACUUUUAGUGCUGGUUUACUAAAAUGUAUACGAAAAGGAGUGUAAAGAUUUAAAAUAUUUUGGCUAAGAGACAGGAUGUCGGUUUGGUCCUCCUCGAGUGAGGAAAUCUGAAGAGGUAAUGUCUUUGAGAUAUAAAAUGGUAUGAAUGGGAGUGAUAACCUCUUAAAGAGGUUUGCAUCAUGUAAUACAGAAGUUGAGCAGGGUAACGGUUAUGCUUAUUCCUGCCCAUCACUGACUCUGAUGGCCGAUAAGUGCCUUUUGUUGAUCACCUGAAUGGAGGUCCUAAAUGGUGGAUUACGAAAAACAAUAAAUCAACCAAAUCUUUUAAGAGUGCCAUAGGCCUACGAACACCACCAAGACAAUUUGCAUAACCAGUUAAGAGCUCCACUAUAGAGUGCAAACAAAGUGCAAGAUUUCCAUCUAGAGUGCUCUGAUUGGUCCAACACAGAUUAAAGAAAGUAACUGAGGUUUAGACUCAGUCAGCAGAGAAUUAUAUUUGUUUUAAGCCACAAGCAAACUGAAACCUUUUAAUCUCAUUAUAAGUAUUCUUUAAAUCAUUGUAUGUUAUAAUGUCUCAUGUUGAUGCAGUCUUUCGUAGGGAAUUAUUUCUGCUUUCUUGUGACAUCUGUUUACCACCGACAGCCUUGAAUUGGAAGUUAAACUCCUGGAACACAUGCAGGAGAUGCUCAGGUUUCAAUAAUUGGCAAAGUUUGGUAGUAGAUUCUUAAACCCCAGAAAAACAUGUUAAUAUGUAUGUUUUUAAUCCCAGCUGUAACUGGGAUAACAGCUCUGUAAAACCUGUUAAACUUGAAAAUAACAGACGCGUUAUACUUUUCUGGAAAAUUGUAAUUUGCUCUCCAGAAGAAACCCACCUCAUACUGUAUCUGGGUAGCAAAUAACUUUAAACAAUUAGUUUGCAUAGUUUUGGUUUACUGUAGUGCUUUUGGCUCCAGGAACAUUUGAUUGUAAAUAUUUAGUUGUUUCUAUACAUGUAAUAAUACGCUGUUGCGGGAUGUAUUGAGUACUGGAAAUGUGGUGAAAUAAUUGAAUCCCAGGGACAUAUUUUCUAAGCAUUUAUCCCAAAUGUGAUCAAACCAAAGAGAUUGCAUUGGCUAUUUUUGUGAUUUUUUAAAUGAUAUAUGGUAAAAGUAAUAUAGUGUAGUGUACCUAGGCCUAGUGUAUUCAACAAAACACCUUAAACAAUUUUUUGAAAAAUCAAUACCUGGAAGCACUUGAUACCAUUUUUAAACUAGAAGUAAGUUUUGAUAUUAAAAAAAACAACAUAGUGUGUAGAGUUGUUUCCAAUUGUUUUUUGGUUACUUACCAUAUGUUAAAAGAUAAUGUACAGAAGUUAGAGAUAAUUCUACUCACAAACAGAACUGAAACAUUUGAAUUGAACCUUCUGAGCUCAAAUCCAACUUUAAAUUCAAACGGCUGAUGUUCAAGACUGCUGAAAUACAUUUUCUAUUGAGCGGUGUGAGCUCUCGGUAUGAGGCAGCACUAGCUUUUCAUUAUGUUUCUGCUGGACAGUAUCACAAUAUUAAACCAAGUGCAGUACCUGCUAGAUCGCAGUUAUCUAUUUUAGCGAAACCAUAUUUGUUUUUGUUUGUUACUCUGUGAUCACACAGUGACAAUAAUGAGGAACGAAGUGGUUCUGUUUUGUGAAUUAGUGCACUUUAAAUCUGUUGUUUUAUGGUGCAUUAAUGUGAAGAUGCAGUCAAUACUCAGCAUAGUAUUUAUUGAAUACAAUAAAUUAUGUAUCUAUUCUUCUGUCAUCACCUCAAAUGAGACAGUAACCUGCAGAGUUUGAGUAUAAUUGGAUAAAUAGAGACCUCUAGUGGGGGGUCAGUGGUACUAAACAUGAUUUUACCCAGCCUUCCUACCUCAGUGCAAUACGAAAUGCACUGCUGGCCAGUGAAUCUGUACGCAUUGUUUUUACUGAAUUUGAAAUCUCGGUGCAGCUAAAAUAAUUUGUAACACAUUUCUUUGUAUUGGGCAAUCAUUUAUUUUUUUGAAAAUUAAAAACAGAUUUUUUAUCUAUGCUGUAUGCUGCAAUUUUAGCAAAAAAAGGGCACUUCCUUCAUCUUUAUUGUGCUUUACAUAAUGCCUGAUUUAUACAUAUUUAUUAUGAAUAGUUUUAUAUCUAAUUUUGGUUUGACAAUCACCUUAUUCCCCCACUCAAAAUAUUACUGUAUAGCUUAUACAGAUCAUUCUUUUUAAAGAAAUUGGACUUCACUCACAUUGAUAUGCAAAAUAUCAUCAUUUAAUUGACUAUGUGAAGCAAUUGCAUUUGUUGAAGUAUAUGAAAAAAUGUAAGGAUACAUAAUACAAUUCAGAACUAAUCAGUUGAUUCGCUGUAUGCAGUUCCCUUCCCUACAAGACGAAGGCAUUAUGUAAAUGUGUUAAAUCGCUUUGUACAAUUCGCUCCUGCACUAUUAUUAUUGCAUAUUGCUUUUAUUGAUUGAGCUGAAUUUACUUGGCUAAAAUAGCAAUGAAUCGUUUUGUGUCGAGCAUACAUUUAGCUGUGUAGCGUCUUUAUUCAUGCUUUUUAUUUUCUUGUCCUUUUUACCCUAUUUGUCAAAUUCUGAAAUGUACCGCGAGGAAGUGUGCAAUAGAUAAGAAACAUCAUCAUGCUUCAACAAGAGGAUGAGAAUUACAGGUGUAGAAAGAAAACCGUCAACAAUGCCAUUUAAUCUGCUGGGAGUAGAUGCUCCCCGUCAAACUGCCAGUCAUGAGCUUUUACCGUCAUUCAAGUGUAUCGUUUCAAGAGGACAUCAAGGAGCAGAUGUGUUAGCGUUGGAAAAGUAAUCGGACCAAAGCCGUCGUAGGUGACAUCUCAUUAUCUCCUGACGGGACGGACUUUUAUAAUAACUCGCAUGAGAAUCUCUGGACAGUGAUUGUGAAUGGCAUGGCAGAAACCCACUGACCCGUUCUGUACUGACUUUACAGCUAUCUUGGGUCUUUCUCCACGGAUGGAGAGUCAGGGGCCCAUCAUCAGGGGUCUCAGCGGCCUGUCACGUUCGUGCCUGAAUGGAAUUUUGAUAGCUUCUUCUUUUUGUGUUGUUGUUUUCUCCUUUUUUGUUUGUUCUCUGGAGUGUGUCCUCUCAGCACCUACGCAGAAGCCUCUCUUGACAUUUAGCCCACCAUUGUCAAACCAAGUCAGAUUUUCUUCCUCACCAAUCACCACAACGGAAGGUGACAUUUGGAACCGUCUCUGCGGUAAACAAGAGAGCAGGGAGAUGAAUGCUCCUUCAGGCCAUUUCAGUUCAAUCCAUCAGCUUCCAGGAUUGUACCCCAAAAAUAGAAAAAGCUUUAUUUUUCUCUGUGCUCAGCCCCAGGCAGGCCUUAUCCAUGCGCUACAGGUAAACGCGUCAUUGUGCUAAAGACUUACUGCGUGUACAGGCCAAUACACAUUGUUCCCUCUACUGUUAGGGGGGCUUGUGUCCACAAAUGCUUUUGUCCGGCUGGUUGUCUCCACCUUAAAGGAUAUACCCUGAUCGCUUUCUUGCUGAGAGUUAUAUGAGAAGAAAAGGCCUACUCUCGUUGUUAAAACAUAAGCCCCCUCAACUCCAACAAAUAUGUAGCUCUUUGUUAACCCACUUGUGUGUUUGAGCUUCACUUCGCAAAACGUUAUAAGUGAGUUUUCUACUUUAAUUACUAGGGGAGUGCUUUUCUAAACUUAGUUAAAUUAGGGUUAAAGGUGUGUAUGCGCCAAUCGGCUCCAGCGUGGAAUGUUUAGCUCCUCCCAUACAUUUUGUAUGUGGAAAAUUAAAGCCUCCCAUUCAUAUAAACUGAGAAUUACAUAAGAGUUUAGUGAAUAAUAAGCAUUGUGUUAUGCUCCAACUAUAUAUAUGCAUAUAUUCUGGAAUUUCAAUGCACCAGAAAAAGUAGAUGCAAUUAGAGGACAUUUUUAACAAGGUAAUUAAAGUGUUUUGUUAAAUCAGACAAUCACUCAAACAAUGUAUUUUUUAAACGUCUUAAACCAGGUCUGUAGAAAAUAUUGGAUUAUGAAGUUAAGACACUACACGGUUAUCUUAGCUUAGCAUACUUAGAGUAGUGGGAAACAACUAGCCCUGAGAAUGAAAUAAAACGUAAUACUUAAUACCUAAGACAUCAAACACCAAUAUUUUGAUUUUACACUUAGUUGACAAAACAAAAUGCCAUAAAUCACUGCACCUGGCCAAGAGAUAAUCCCGGCUGCAACCACACAUUUUCUCUGCCUAAUCUUUGGUUUCUGUAGCCAUCAAAUCAAUGGCAUAAACCCAGAUAAUAUAAUUAUUGAGCUUUAGGGAACGGUAGGUGGGAUUUUUCCUCCUUUAGAUAGAACUUUGCUAGCUAAGUUUACCCAUCCUUCUAAUUGUUUUGCUAAGCUAAUUAUGUCUUGCCUUUAGCUUUUUAUUUAGCGUCAAGACAUGAGAGUUGUCUCAAUCAUCUUAUCAAACUCUUCUCAAAAAAGCAAAUACGUUUAUUAACCGAAACGACUAAGUGUUCUUUUAGGUUACAGGCUUCUUUUUCAUACCAGCUCAGCCUCGUUCAGCUACAACAUGCACUCUCAAACCUCAGUGCACCCCCACGGCAGAAUGGAAAUGGGAUUGGCAGUGGUAAUAUUUCUGCGUCCCGCAUGCCAACACACUAUGAUGAUGAAAAACCAGUUUAUUGAUCAAUCCCCGGAGGUUCACUGCACCGGCACUCUGGUUUUGUUCCUUGCUCUCUUUUUAUUUUAACAAAUGGAUGGCACCUCAGGCGUGAAACACCUUAAACCCUGUAACCCCAAACACAAGCUGCGUAUUCCUCCUGUCUCACCUUCCGCUUUCUUUCUUCCCUCGACACUUAUUUCCAUAUCCGUCCUUCCUCGACACAGCUGAGCGAUCCCGGUGGAAGCAUUGAGAAAUCGAGAAGGGUUCGAGUGGGGUGUGUGUGUUUUUGCAUGAUGAGAUGGAUAGUUUGCAGGUGCACUUAGAAGAAGGGAACUUGGAGGUCAAGGAAGAAGUUUGUGAGAGCAGGACGCAGGGAGAAGGAUUGGAAAGUGGAUUCAAGGAGACAAGAUGAGAGAAGCUCUGCUUUAAGGAGAAGGCUAAUGGGUAAUGUUUCCGCUCUGAAAACUAUGAAAAAUAGUUCCUUCUGACAGGGAACCCAUUUCAUCCAACUCCUUCUACCCUCCUUCAACAAAACGCAACGUAAUAAGCUCUCAGCUUCCCCACCUUAGCAGUGAUCUCAUUGCUCCAAACGAUGUUGUAAUUGCAGCACUUGAAGUUCUCGAAGCUGCUUUUGCGAGAAACUGCAAGUCAGCAAGAGACGGGCGAGUUCUCAGCUCUGAAGCUCCUCUCAGUCUCACUCUCAAUCCACAGAAUAACUUUAAAAAGUGAUACCACGUCUUAUCGUAGCUCCUUUUUGCUGUCAGAGUGCUCAGAUCUUAUGUAGCCCUGAGGGGGUGAGAGUCAAGCUCAGUGUUGGAAGAAAGUGUUUUGGAAUACGACGGUAAAAAAAGGCUUCAAAUGGUGGAUUCUUAUUUGUUUUGCCUUGUGUUUUUGUUGAGAAAAGAAUGUAAUGUUGCGGAAGUGUAUCACAGGAUUGGAAGUGUUUGUUCACAUCUAAUGAAGCUUGAAUUAAAAAUCAAAAUAAAUCAAGAAAGGGCUUUGAAAGUCACCCAGCUCUGGAAUAGAGCGAUGGAGUUAUAAAGGUUGACAGAAGGAGGGGUAGGUUUGAUUAGAAAGUUUUAGCAAGUGUGUUUGAGGUAUUUAGGAAGAUGAUUAUGUAUUUUUUUUUAUUAAUUGGUUGCUUUUGUUUGAGUUAGUGUGAGGGAAGAAAGGAAAAGAAUGAGUAAAGCUGCAGGGUUUGGGGUAAAAAAAUGAAAAAUCCCAGGCACUUACAUCAGAGUAUGCUGAUUAUUUAUGUCAUUCUGAAAACUUCCGCACAGAAUGCAGUUGUUUGAGGAGCCGGCGGGCAUCAGCGCGGAAGCCCUUCUCGGGUGGGGGGGCGGGGGGAGGAGCGCAGCUGUGUCUCUGUAACUAUUUUCUUUGUCUCGGUUUGAAUCCAUGAUUCUAAUUAGCACAACAGUGUGUCUUAAUUAACCUUCCCCAGUCAGACGAUACUCCAACGCUAACAGCUUCCUCCUAAUCGCCAACACCGCUGCGGCGGCUGCCAUCCUGCGCGGGGGCCUCAGCCAUAUUUUAGCGUUGGAGCUGAGCUGUCACCAGUGAUUGAUGUGGAGUUAAAGCUGAGGUCGAUUUAUGAGAAAGUGGAGACUGUUUUUAGCCUGGAUGUUGAAUUUAUAGAAUAUAGUCUGUCACCACCCCGCUGUGGAGAGCAGUGUGCCAAACAACAACAAAACCUUGGAAGCCCGACGCCAUCACGCUCUUGAUCUGUACACUGACAAAACGAUCCGUUACCAGCAUGUCAAACACAACAAGAACUGCAGGCCUCGAGUUGGACCAAAGGAGGUGCUAUUCUUUCAUUUCUGUUUUCUUUAUUUUUGUAUUGCCAUUGUUGUUAUGCAAAUUGUGUUUAACUCUUGCAAGCUCCUUGUUUUCAAAAGGUAUGCCAUGAGGAGCUUUAUGCCACUGUUAAAGUGAAUGUAUCCUCCAAUGAAGAGUCGUCUGUCCUCAUGGUGACAAGGCCUCAUGGAUCUGUUGAAAGCAUCGUUACACUAGGACAAAAAACAAUGACAUCUAAAAGACUGUCACAAUUUCCUUUCUGAUUGGAGACAUUUUGCACGUGUGCAUUCCUUUUGAAAACAGGACAUUUUCUUACCCCUUCAUUUUGACAAGUCUUGUUCCUUUUUUUUGUAUCUUGUAAUGUACAUGUUUACAUUGUAUCUCGCAUUGCCCAAAAGAGAAACAAUAUUAAAUGUAUUAUCUUUGUUGUUUUA